ACUCCAGAGCCAGUCUGUCCUCCCUCUCCCUGUGUACCUGGUUGUGGUUGUCCUGAUGAUACUGUAUAUGAUGAGGUUAAACAGGAAUGUGUCUCCAUAACAUCAUGUGAUACUUGUAGUCUUCCUUCCAGCACUGGUCCAUGUCGUGGAGUGUUCCCUCGUUGGUUUUACAACUCUUCCUCUGGUGGUUGUGAGUUAUUCUCAUAUGGUGGAUGUGGUGGCAAUAAUAACAGGUUCACCAGUCUACAGCAAUGCACUGCUUCAUGUGGUUGUGGUCCUAGUGGCCCUGCUGUUACUUGCAGUCCUGAUCU